CGUACAUUGGCGCUCACUGCCACUUCUCAGGCUGCCUUCAGACUUUUACGGUGGCUUUUACAGACGGUGGGGACUUUACACAUUUCUCACCCAACGCUCUUGUUAGUCACUUUGAAUCUCUUACCGGGCUCGGAUGUGUCGUCUCUCUGUUGAUUUGUUUCUAUGUGAGCAAGUUGUUCGAAAUACAAAAAUUUGACGGUUUGUUGGUCGAGAGCAAACAAUUAAACGUUUUAGAGAAAUAUCUUUUGUUUUGUCUCUUGUCACUGAAUUUGUAUCACAUUCCUCUUCAACCUCGUGGACUACGCUAAAUCGUGUGAGACUAAUUUUUUGGUAAGUCUCUGUGAAUUUAGAUAUGUCUUGUGGCAUUCAUUCGCCUCGUUUCAAAUCUUAUCGCGAUCGCGAAGUGAUACAUUUUGUCCGUUACAUUUCAAAUUGACAGACUGCAGAAGAAAAAUCAUUAUGCGAUAAAGUUAUACAAAUAAAAGAAGAAAAAAAGUGCGGUAAACGAGAGAAGAGGAGCUCAACAGCCCCACAAUGAAGGGAUGGUUUGACGCCUUCCGAGACGAUGGCGGUCCCACAUUGUAUUCCUUUUCGAACCGAACCCCCGUAACUGGAGAUGUCUCAAUUGUGGCUGUCUCUGUUCUCUUUACAACCAUUUACAUUGCUUUCCUGGUAAUUUUUCCGGGAGUGAGAAAGCAACGAUUCACCACCUUUACGACCGUGACACUCAGUCUAUUCGUCGGCCUAGUCAUAUUAGUUACACGCUUAGGAUCAGCAUGGCAUGUGGCUCAUUCGAGCAUUUUGGCGCCAUAUAAGGCCUUCUCACGAGAAAAACUUCCUGCACGGAUGGGAGCUCAUAUUGGACUGAUGCACGUGAAUAUUACCCUUACAGCACUUCCCAUUGGGAAUUGGACCCCACCGGACAUUGAUUUCAACGAACAAUUUAGCUGGAGUGCGGCUGACGACAUGGGUCACUCCUACAAGAAUUCCCUGCGCCGCGGAUUGCCUUACCCUAUCCUCACCGUGGCCGAAUAUUUCAGUCUGGGCCAAGAGGGCUUUGCAUGGGGUGGUCGAUAUCGAGCGGCCGGAUACUAUGCUAGCAUACUUCUAUGGGCGUCCUUAGCAUCGUGGUUACUUAUGAAUCUCCUUCUAAUUGCUGUGCCGCGCUAUGGUGCAUACAUGAUGUCCCUUACGGGAGCAUUACUUCUCGCCACGGACAUCGGCUACUACCUGCUGCUACCCAAGAGGCCUCUCACGAUAAUCGUCGAGGGUGGCCAGUUGCAGUUCCACUUAGGAUGGUGCUACUGGCUAGUUCUAGUCGCAGGAACCCUGUGCCUAUCCAUAGGAUUAGUAAUUUCUGCCAUAGACCUCGUGUGGCCACACACUUUUUCAACAAUCCUGGAGGUGUACUACGACACACCCUACGACCGUCACGUGAUCCUCGAGGAAUCGCACGAUGUGCGCUACCGCAAGAGGAACAGCAAAGGCCUCGAAGAGCCACCAGGACUGGGUUCUCGCAUCUUGCGACGCCUGUCCUCCAAGACAAGCCAAUUGGCUGGCGUGGAGAACAAAGGCUUCCAGAGCGAGGCGCCCAAGUCACCAUGGCGCUAUCCCUUCCGCCGUACCCAGCUACAACAGGCAAACGGACGCUCGGCUGUGCAGCGGACUCUGUCGCAGGACUCCAUGUCGAGCAUCGCGUCAGCCGCUGGAAAUCCACCAAAUAUGCAUAAAGUGGCACUCUCCAGAGUCCUGCCGAAACCGCCUUUGGAACGAACCAGGGAAUUGUCAAACUGGUGAAUUUGAACAAGAUUGAAGACUUUGUGAUAUUUCAUUGACUCUCAAACGAUCUGUUAAUUUAUGUUUUAGAAAUUCUACAAAUUAGGCAAUAAAAAUUUUAAAAAUUA